GGAUGAUGCUACUUCGCCCGAAGAUCGGUAUUCCGAACUCAGGUGUUCAGGCUCGUAUAUCGAAUGGUCUGGCCCGAGCUCGUAUUCUCGUGUUUCGGAAGCUGGCCGCUUCGCAAAAGGUCACACCAUUCCUCCUUUGGUCACGAGCGUCAUGCUGUGCACUUGAAGACCAUGACACCUGUACUGUGGUAAUCUGCAAAGAAAAUGCCGCCAUUGAGCACGGGAUCGAGAAAAUCUUUCGGCGUAAAUUGCAAGUAAUAAUCUACAGGGCAUGAGGACAAGAUGGAGAGCCCAGUACGCCAAUUACUAUCAUUGAGUUGACUCUAAGCAAAUCCUCUUUUGCAAACACCAUUACUAGUACGGAGUACUUCUGAAAACAUGAAGUUCAAGAUUAAGACCAGAGAGCUCGAGCUCACAAAGGCCCUCGAUGAGGUGUUCUUACGACUCUGCCUUAUGGCCCUGCGCGUCUGCCAGGCGGUCUUCUCGAUACCAAUUAUUGGUUUCGCGGCAGCAUUUACCAGCGCACUUUCCAGCGAGGACCAGAACGUACCUUCGAAGCUAUCCGCCGCGAUUGCCAUUGCCAGCGUCUGUACAGUCUACACAGGCCUGACAUUCCUACCAGUAAUCUUCGAGGGACCUCUGUUUUUCACGAUUGUAGCCAUCUUCGACGCUCUGUUUGUUGCUGCUUGGAGCAGCCUCAUUGGAGUCUGGGACAACGAGGGGACAGGGACCUGCAAUGCUUUUAUCAACAAGUAUUUCGAUGCACGUCCUCGAAAAUCAUACUUCUCGACGGACUGCAGCCUUGUCAAGGCGAUGUUUGCUUUCAUGAUCAUCAAUCUAUCCGCAUUUGUUGCAUCCACGGUUGUAUCGUUCUGCUUGCGCCUGAUCGAGCUCGAGCAUACGAUGGGCUGGAAGACCCUUCCGAUAUUCAACAAACGCGAAGAAAGAGGACGUCAUUGCGCCUGCUGCAAUCAUGACAAGUAUCAUCCUUCCCCUCCAUCGAGUGUCAGUGGUGAGCGGUUGACAACACCUGUGUGAGUCACAUUCUCGGAGGUUGACUUUAAUGGGCUGUAACUUUGGGACAAUCGGGAGAUCGGGAGUGCCUUUCAAACGCUGCAUCAGCGUACGCAAGCUCAGAUUCUUGCAGGGAACAGUGGCAAUGUAUUAUAGACGAGAUAUGGAUACUGGUGCAUUGAUUUAGCGACGAGUUUCUGGGCCGGUGAAUGUGUCAACAUCGAGAUUGGAAACUAAUUCCCUAAUAUAAUACCAUAUGAUUCGCAUUUCAAAAUGAA